CUCUCCUGUGCCAGUGCAAAGUUCAGUAAACUGUUACUAAACCCCGGACCCUGCAUUCACUGUAUCUGGUCUCCCUGGACCCUGCAUUCACUAUAUCUGGUCUUUCACCAGACCCUGCAUUCACUAUAUCUGGUCUCCCCGGAGCCUGCAUUCACUAUAUCUGGUCUCCCCGGAGCCUGCAUUCACUAUAUCUGCUCUCCCCGGAGCCUGCAUUCACUAUAUCUGGUCUCCCCCGGACCCUGCAUUCACUAUAUCCGGUCUCCCCGGACCCUGCAUUCACUAUAUCUGGUCUCCCCGGACCCUGUAUUCUCUAUAUCCGGUCUCUCACCAGACCCUGCAUUCACUAUAUCUGGUCUCCCCAGACCCUGCAUUCACUAUAUCUGGUCUCCUCGGACCCUGCAUUCACUACAUCUGCUCUCCCCGGACCCUGCAUUCACUAUAUCUGGUCUCCCCAGACCCUGCAUUCACUAUAUCUGGUCUCUCACCAGACCCUGCAUUCACUAUAUCUGGUCUCCC